AGUGACGUCAUAAAAAGGUAAGUAAACAAACGUGUGAGCCAAGUGAAACGAGAGAGGUAAAUUUAAUUUGUCAUUCAAACUUUGGAAGAUAAUAAAGUCAUGGCGCAUUUUCAACCCCCAUCUGCCUGCAACGGGCCACCACCUACAAUGUGUGUGACUCAAGUCGAGAUUUUAUGCAGUUGUCGUAAUUUACUGGACAAAGAUAUUAUGUCUAAAUCUGAUCCAGUUGUAGUUCUUUAUUUGUAUCAAGGAGGUGGAUAUUUAGAAAAAGGAAGAACUGAAAUAAUAAAAAACAAUUUAAAUCCUGAUUUUUGUAAACCAAUAAAAGUAGACUACUUUUUUGAAGAAGUACAGAAACUGAAAUUUUGUGUUUAUGACAUUGACAAUGAAACAAUUACAUUAGCAGAUGAUGAUUAUCUUGGAGGUUUAGAAUGCACAAUGGGAGAGGUUGUUUCUUCAUCUCCUUUUACAAGAAAUUUAAUAUCAAAAUUUGGGCAGAGAUUGCAAAGCACCAUAACAAUAAGAGCUCAGGAAGUAGGCAAAGAAGGAAAAGAUCUUCUUUCACUCUCCUUUCAUGCAAAAAAUCUUGAUGAUAAGGAUUUCUUCAGUAAAUCGGAUCCAUUUCUUGAAUUUCGUGUGAAAAGUAUAGAUGGAAACUGGCAUUUAGUUCAUCGGACAGAGGUAAUUAUGAAUAACUUAAAUCCUGUUUGGAAGCCUUUUCAAAUUAACAUGCAGAGUUUUGGAGGAAGUAAUGUUGAAACAUCAAUUUUGGUAAUAGUUUAUACAAACCCCGAUGAUGGUGAUCAUGAUUUUAUUGGAGAAUUUACAACAACUUUUGCAGAAAUUUUAGAAGCUCAACAUCAUCAAGUUGAAUGGCCAUGUAUUAAUGAGAAAAAGAAGAAAAAGAAAAAUUAUAAAAAUUCUGGAAUAAUAUAUUUAUCAUCUUGUAAGAUUAUCAAAAAUUACACAUUUUUAGAUUAUAUUUUUGGUGGUACUCAGAUAAAUUUUACCGUUGCAAUUGAUUUUACUGGAUCGAAUGGCAAUCCAAGAGAUCCUAAUUCUCUACAUUACAUUAGUAGUCACCCAAAUGAUUAUAUGAAAGCAAUUUGGGCUGUAGGAAAUGUAAUUCAGGAUUAUGAUAGUGAUAAGAUGUUCCCUGCCUUAGGGUUUGGAGCAAGAAUACCUCCAACAUGGGAAGUGUCACAUGAAUUUGCUAUCAAUUUUAAUAAUAGCAAUCCAUUUUGUUCAGGUGUUCAAGGAAUAAUUGAUGCCUAUCGAAAUUGCAUCACUCAAGUACAGUUGUAUGGACCAACAAAUUUUUCUCCAGUCAUUAAUCAUGUUGCCAGAUUUGCUCAGCAUGCUCAUAAUACAUGUGGUUCUGAUUUUCAGAACUACUUUAUUUUGUUAAUUUUAACUGAUGGAGUUGUGACUGACAUGAAUGACACACGCAGAGCAAUAGUUCAGGCUUCCAGACUUCCGAUGUCCAUCAUAAUUGUAGGAGUUGGUCGAGCAGAUUUUGAAGCUAUGGAUUUCCUUGAUAGUGACAACCAGAGACUGUGCGCUCCUGAUGGGACUUAUGCAGAAAGAGAUAUAGUUCAGUUUGUCCCAUUUUAUAAAUAUGAAAUGUCGUCACCAGAAGUUUUAGCAAGAGAAGUGUUGGCCGAACUUCCUCAACAGGUCACUCAAUACUUUAUGUCGAGAAAUAUUCCGCCUAACCCACCCCGUCAGGCAUCAGCACCAUUGCCUACAGAACCUGCCAUAUAGUUAUUUUAGAAUUUAUUGCAUUUACCAAGAUUAUAUUUCAUUUGGUUUUGAUGUUAUUGGCACUACAAAAUCACAUUCUUCAUCUUAGUUAAGAAAAAGAGUUUUAGAAAUUUUAUUUUGUAAAUAUACUCUUUUAAAGUGUUAAAU